UUGACGAAAUGUCGGCACCAACAUCCAUUCCCUGUGGCUCAAAGAGUGUGGGACGCAACAGGAAUGGUGUUGACAGGCUCAGCAGCCUGUCCGACGAUCUGCUCCACCAUGUGAUGUCCUUCCUGCCGAUGCCCCAGGUCGUGCGCACAAGCCUUCUCUCACCAAGAUGGCGCUUUCUUUGGUGCUCUACACCGUUCAUCCGCAUCGACGGCAAAGACUUCGUGGAUAAUAGCAAGUUGGAGAAUUUCAUUGAUUGCUUGCUGCUCUUGCGCGACUAUACCGCUUCCUUGGAUGAAGCCCGAAUCUCUCCCUGCUGCGUUGAUUGUACCAAAUGUUCCGUGUGGAUUCGUCAUGCCAUCAUGCACAAAGUUCGUGUCCUUGAUAUUUCUGGACCUCUCAGUUUGGAUAAGACAGCAAUAUUUCCUUCUCAGCACCUGAAAACAAUCAGGCUCCAAGCUGCCAUGUUGAGACAUGGGUUUUUUAGGCCGUUGAACUACGACUGCCCUGUGCUUGAACAUUUAGGGCUGAAGUUGUGCACUUUCUGGGGCCAUGAGGAGAUCUCAUCAAGGUCACUCAAGGUUCUGCAUAUCAGUCAGUGCUACCUCACCCCCAGUCUCCUGAUUUGUGCUAGGAACCUUACCAAUCUCUCUAUCCUUGACACAGACAUUGGUGGUAUAGUAACUAGGGAUCUGUCUUCUCUGGUAACAGCUUCGAUUAGUCUAGUAUCCAAACAUUUUUAUCAUAGGGACACAGUAGUAGUGGGGCAUCAUCUACUUGAUGGCCUUUCACAUGCCACAACGUUGGAGUUGCAUGCGCCAUUACAUGAGCGCGCAUUUGAGGGAGGUUUGCCAACAUGCCCCAUGUUCAGCAAUCUGACAAGCUUGGUCCUGGGCGAUUGGGUCAUGACUGCUGACUUCUACCCACUGCACAGUAUUCUCCAGCGCUCGGACAAGCUGAAGGAGCUAACUCUGAAGCUCAAAAUGGAGGAAUGCAGCAUAUGCAAAGCCUUGCCGUCAACAAGGAGAGCGCCGCUGUCAGGCUCAGACAGCCACCCUUGCAUCGAGAGGAUCAAAAUCUACUGCCGGAAAGAUCAUGCGAGGGUCGGUGAGCUGGUGCAGGCGUUGGUACCGACUGCCUGCAAUGCGAAAAUCAGCAUCGAGCAGCCCUGAUCCAUGUUAACCAAGACCUCGUUCUCAAAGUUAAUUUCUUAAGACAAGAGUGUUUUGUUGACACUGACGUUCCCUGGUCCAUGUGUGUGAUGGUUGUUGGAUCUGAACUGCUUCGUCAAUGUAGGCUGGUUGGAUGUUGGCACUGGGCGCGUUGAUGGAUUCUGGACAUUGCCUUGU